AUGACUGCUGGAGCUCCCCCAAACUACUAUGCUAUUCUCGAGGUCUCUGAAACUGCGAGCACCCAGCAGAUUCGAGAUGCUUACAAGCGUGCCGCUUUAAAGACGCACCCAGACCGUGUCGCAAAUGAUUCCCCAGAGCGAGCUGAGAGGACUCGCAAGUUCCAGCUCGUAAACGACGCUUACUUCACCCUCUCCGAGCCCACGCGCCGUCGCGAGUACGAUGCCCAGCGCAAGCUCUUCAACACCAGCACCCCCUCAGAUCCCUGGGAAGACAUCCCCGAGACUGAAACCGAGGGCGGCGCUGCACCGCGCCAGAGCCCGUACUCAUGGGCAUGGAAUUUCUUCACCAACCAAGCCACAGGAGGCCAAGCCCCUCCACAGGACCGUGAGCAGACCGAAAAUGCGCAGUUCAGCGAUGUCUUUGAGGAGAUGAUGCGCGAAGAAGGCAUGGCCGAAGGAAGGGAUAACCACCCUACUGGCAGAUUCUGGAGCAUGCUGGGCGGUGCUAGUGGCGGCGCUCUAGGCUUUAUUGUCGCCAACGUGCCUGGUCUUGUAGCGGGUGCCGUUGCAGGAAAUAGACUGGGCGCUGUGCGCGAUGCCAAGGGAAAGAGCGUAUACUCUGUAUUCCAAGAGCUUCCUCAAGAUGACAAGUCAAGACUGCUCAGCCAGUUGGCUGCCAAGGUGUUCAGCCAUGCUGUCGGUAUUUGA